AUGAAAAAUAUACUUUAUGAACAUUGGUAUGUUGACAAGGAUACACCUGGAAGUCACUGGGUAUUUAGUGAACAAGACAAAUUAUUUAUAAAGCAACAUAUAAUUGAGACUAUUAUUAUUGCACCGGAACCUAUCAAAAUUCAUUUGUGCACAAUGAUUCAAAAUAUUAUGCGUCAUGAUUUUCCUGAUGAAUGGCCAUCUUUUACUCUUGAACUUUAUCCUCUUGUGAGUUCUGAUAAAAGUGAAGAACUCAACGGUGCCUUGCUUAUUCUUCACAGGCUCUGCAAAAUUUUUGAAUACAAGAGGCAAAAAGAAAGAACUCCACUUGUUGAAUUUAUGUCCAAAAUUCUUCCAAUAAUUCGUGAAAGAUUUUCGACACUUAUUGAAAAUCACUCAUCUUCAUCUUGUCUUUUACAAAAACAAAUACUUAAAAUAUUUUAUAGUUUUGUUCAGUUUUCAUUAAAUACUCAAAUUCUCUCAAUUAAUGAAUUUUCUCAAUGGCUCAAACUUUUUAUUGACAUCAUUCUAAAGCCAACUCCUGCUGAAUGUGAAAGUGUUCCGGAAGAUGAACGUGACGGGACAAUUUGGUGGAAAUGUAAAAAAUGGGCAAUGAAAAUCGUUCAGAGAGUUUUUGAGAGGUUUUCUUGUUUUCUUUCGAUUAUUUGUAAAAUUUAUUUUUUUAAAUUAAGGUAUGGCAAUAAAGGCAAUGUUGAUAAAGCAUAUUUAUCAUUUGCUGAAGAAUAUUCACGUUCUUAUUUGUUACCAAUUGUUGAAUCUUUGAUGGCUAAUGUUCUAAAUGAUUAUAUUAAUGGCAAAUAUAUAUCAGAACAUGUGCUUUAUCUUGUUUUAGUCCAUUUGUCUGAUGCGUUGAUUCAAGCACAAGUUUGGCUUGUUGUUAAACCAAAGUUUGAGUUGCUGCUCAAAAAUGUAAUAUUUCCUUUGCUAUGUUAUUCAAAAGGAGAUGAAGAGCUUUGGGCUGAAGAUUGUGAAGAAUUUUUACGUUAUAAAUAUGAUGUUUAUGAGGAUCUUCAUCAACCAUCUUCCGGUGCUUCUACAUUACUUCAAGUAAUUUCAAAAAGACAAGGUAUAAUGCAAAACGUACUUGAAUUUAUUAUGCAAAAUUUGACACCAACAUCAAAUGAAAAACAAAUUGAUGGUGCUUUGCAUAUGAUUUCUGUUAUUUCUACUCAAUUGAAUAAAUUAAAUGAUGUUGAAAAAUUAAUUGAUGCCUCAGUGACUCCAAGGAUCGAGAAUCCGUCACGUUUUGUUCGAUUGAGAGCUUGUUAUGUAAUUCAUUUUGCUUCAGAAACGAUAUUUAAGAAUUCAACUAUAUUGGAAAGAGUUGUUAAUGCGUUGAUAAAAGCAAUAAAAGAAGACCAAGAAGUGCCUGUAAAAGUUGAAGCUGCUUUAGCUCUUCAAUCUUUAAUUAAUGACCAAGAUCAAAAAGUAAUUCAAUUUAUUCGUCCACAUAUCCGUGAUGUUUUAAUAAUUGUGUUGAGGCUUAUUUCUGAAACACAUUUGGAUGAUUUACCUACAAUUGUUGAUAGUUUAGUUGAUAAUUUUGAAGAAGAAAUAAUUCCUGUUUCUUAUGAAAUAACUGUUGAAUUGGUUGAUAUUUUUAACAAAAUGGUUAAAAAUACUGACGAUGAAGAACAAAUUUUUGAAGAUCAUUCAGUUGGAGCUAUGGGAAUUUUGAGUACAUUAGAAACAAUUUUAGGACUUUUAGAAGAUCAUCCAGAAAUUAUUUCAAAAGUUGAACCUGUCGUUAGAAAUUGUAUUUUGACAAUUUUUGAUUGUUAUUCUGAAAAUUUUUUUGAGGAAGCUUUAUCUUUAAUCCAUACUUUAAUUGCGGUUAGAAUUUCACCGGAAAUGUGGCAAAUUUAUGAUUUGGUAUUUAAGACUUUUAAUGAAGAAGGAGCAACAUUUUUUGCUGAUUGUAUGCCAGUUUUACAUGCUUUUCUAACAGUUGGUUCUGAAGUUUUUUUGUCAUCACAAGAAAAAAUUCAAAUGUUGUUAUCAAUGUGUGAAAAAACUAUUUGUGAUAAGGAUAGUGAUGAACUUGGAAAAGCGCAUGCGGCAAAAAUGCUUGAGGUUUUUGUUUUACAAAGUCAAGGUCAUCCAAAUUCUUGUUUGCCACAUAUUCUUCGUUUGGUAUUAACUCAACUUCAAAUUGCAGUAAAAGACGAGCACACUUUAGAACAAUAUAAAUCACAACUUUUAAUGGUUUUGGUUGCCGGGUUCUAUAAUGAUUCAAAUUUAUCAACAAGUAUUUUUGAACAAUUUCAAAUUAAUUCAACACAAAAAACUACUUUUGAAUGGUUUUUGGAAGAAUUAUAUGACAAUAAAGACAAUUUUGAGGGAAUACAUGACCGUAAAAUGUUAAUAUGGUUUUUAUGUCGUCUUUUAUCGAGUGGUUUAAUUCCUACAAUGUUUCAACAAGAAGCAACAAAGGUUUAUAUUUUAAUUAUUUUAAUGAUUUAA